GGGAGAUAUUCGUAUGACUAGAAUAAGUAUUUCUACCUGUGCCCUUGAUUUACUCUCGCGCGUAAAUAGGUGCCACAUCCACAAGGUGUCUGCGCAUGGAAUCCUUAGGCACCAGGAAUCAAACCCACCAAUUCGGUACACGUUCUACGGCAAAUGUCCUAUCACAGGUACACCACCUAAUUUGAUCAGAGGGCACACCUCUCAACUUUCCAACUCGUGUAUCGGCAUUCCUUUGGAUGUUGCAAGCUUCCAAUCUGCAUACUACAUCUAUAAACUCUUAAAAUACCUACCUCCUCAAGUCCAAGCUAGAACGGACCAAACCUGGAAAUACAAGCGUCAAAAUGAAGCCUUACGCUUUCCUUUUUCUCCUAUUUUCUUUCGUCGCUCUUGCUGCGCCUUGCACCGAGUCGCACGAGAAGGGCUACCACGACGACGUCAAGGCAGCCGCCAUCCCUCAGGAUCCCGUCGUUGAAGCACUGAACCGAACUGCCACUGUCACUGUUCCGCUCCUCGAGAAGCGAGAUGAUAUCGACGACUGGAACCGGAAUAACCCUGACAAUCGCAUCGCUGCUGUAAGUGCUGUUGGAAAUACACCUAAUCCCUUUCUCCUUUCUACCAUCUCCAAAGCGCAAUUGCUAACUCGAAUAUUACAGUACUACGUGUGUCCUCACCCGCGCGUUCUCUUCACCGUCUUCAACGCGAGAGCUGUAUAUCAGGCCUUCCAGCGCGGCGCCUGGUACGUCGCGCACCCGAGCGAGCUUCGCCCGCGAUGGAGCGGCCUCGAGCACCCGCACUCGGUGUGGCUACCAGACUACCGUGCGCAGCGCGUGGACCUAGGCCGCGCCGAAGGCGAGCUCUUCGUGUUUCCCAUAAACCCCAACCCGCUCGGCGAGUGGCCCGGCGUCACCGGCGCCCCCGUCUCCGGACCCCCGGGGGACCACCGCGUCGUGUUCGACGAGCAUGGGAUGUUUGCCGGCGUGGCGGUGCUGUUUACGGGCGAGCCUGAGGGCACGAGGCUUGUGUGGUGCUAUCCGAUGCUUGAUUACGGCGCGAGAGACGUGGGGGCGACGGCGGAGGGAAAUCCGGGUGUGGAUGAGGCGUGGCGGGAUGUGUUUGAUGGGCAUUAUUUGUUUGCGCCGGAUCCGGUGGGGGGUUCGCGUCCACCGAGUAAUUAAGGGUGGGUGUGUGGUUGGGUGUGAGGGGUUGGGUGAUUUAACUCCCUUGGGCGCUGUGUUCUACUGUUUU